UUAGUGGUUGGGAAGAGAUGAAGUUCCUUGUGUGUUUCGUUUUGGGCUUGGCCCUUCCAUUGGCCCUUGGAAGCCAAAGUGCUGAAGAUGGAAACGCAGAGGGUGCUGAGGGUAGAUCUUUCUUUCCAUCGCCAUCGGUGUUCCCAGUACCUAAUGUCGUCCCGUACCCACCACCAUCACCGGACGUAUUCCCGGUACCUGAUGUGAAUGUCAUACCGUUCCCACCACGACCGGAUGUAUUCCCGGUACCUGAUGUGAAUGUCAUACCGUUCCCACCACGUCCGGAUGUAUUCCCGGUACCUGAUGUGAAUGUCAUACCGUUCCCACCACGACCGGAUGUAUUCCCCGUACCUGAUGUGAAUGUCAUACCGUUCCCACCACGACCGGAUGUAUUCCCGGUACCUGAUGUGAAUGUCAUACCGUUCCCACCACGACCAGACGUGUAUCCGGUACCGAACCCAUACCCAGCUCCAAUAGUGAUUCCAGUACCGAACCGUCCCAACCUACGUAAUCCGUACCCAUGCAAUACCGAUUCUGACUGUAGCCGUCAUUGUCGGAAGCAUUGCAACGAGACUAUUGAACAAUGCAUAAACAGCUAUUGCUAUUGCAUUCCGAACUACGCCUACCGACACUUUUACCCGCAAGGUUAAUCAACGUAUCUAGAUAUCUCUCAUUUUUGUCUAACUUUGGUUGGGUUUUUUGAAAUAAAGCAUUAAUAAUAUUGAUUCCUGAAACCUGGGGUGUAACUAGAAACUGAUUUAAAGUUCCAGAUAAAAUUUCAAAUUAAAAA